AUGAAUUUAGAAUUAAAAAAUAUCAAAGAAAUAUUGGAUAAACUUACAAAAGCAAUUGUAGAUGAAAAAAUAAUAAUUAGUAAAGUUGGUAAAUCUGAAUUAAUGUUAUUGGGAUUGGACAAUAAUUUUAAAAUCAAAAAAAUUAAUCAGCCAUCAAUUUCCCAACAACAACUUAUGGAAUUAAAAUCAUUUAAUGUAUUUGAAUGGAAAGAAAAUGAAAAAUACUAUGAAUCCACAAUGGAUAUCAAUAAUUAUUUUCAUUAUAUCAUUGAUCAAGAAACUGAAGAUAUGGAAAAUAUGUACUUGUCAAAUAUUUCAAAUCAACAUACUGCUUUAAAAUGCCAAGUUGGUGAUAUAGAAUUGUCUGGUUCAGGAGAUUAUUUAUUAGUAAUUAAUGGAAAAGGAAAUCCUGAAAAAAGAUUUAAAUUGGAUUUAGAUUAUGUUAAAAAUCCUUCAAAUUUCGAGUUUGAUAACGUUUAUCUUGGUUUUGAAAUUAAAUCAACAUCUACAAUUAAUGAAUUUCAAGGAAUUGCCGAAUUAAUUGCAAUUACAAGAAAAUCAAACGGUUUGCACCCAAUUCUCCACAUUUCAACAAAUUUUAAUGAUAAUUAUAUAUUUUCAUUUUGGGAUAUUGAAGGUAAUGUAAAUUGGGUAAAAAUCGAAAGAAAAUCGGCAAUUAAUUUAAUUCAAAGUUUUGUUUUAAAAUCAAAAGAAUUUCCAAAAGAAAAUUUUUACAAUAUCAAUGGUAUUAAUAUGUAUUCUAAAUCAUUACAAUAA